AUGUAUGUGGCCGCGUCUCACGAGCAUUGGACUAAGGUUAUCUGCGACCCAGCACGCCUGGCAGAUGCUUGUCUUCAGCCACAGUCGCGCGGCUACGUCAAGCGCUUGCUGUUGGCCCUUGCGCCCGAGUACCAGCGCCUGGCCUUGGAACGUGUUCCCGAGGAAUUCCGCAGGUACUUCGAGACGGAGCUUGCCAAGCCAUGGAUCUGCGUUGGCAUGGACAGCGAGCGCUGCACGUUUGCAUUGAGCGCACGUGGAGGCCCCGCGCAGGUCAAGGGCCGCGCGGCUCGCUGCGUGUUCUGCCGGCCUGAAGACCUGUGGCCAAUGUGUGAGGAUGAAGCCGGCAAGCGGGAGGUCUUGGGCAAGCUUCGGCGCAUGUCAGCGGCCGGCCGCAGCCGUGCACUGGAAGAGCGCCUGCCCCUGGAAGCGCAAGCUUACUUCCAAGAGCAUCUGCAGGGCCCUGCACCGAAGCGCGCAGCUGGGCGGGGCCGACGCCCACUAACCGCGCAAGAGUUGCCAGCAUUGUGGAAAGGUGCUCUGGCAGCUCGCCAGGCGGCCUCGGCACCUGCUUCGGCUGCAGCCAAGAAGAAGUAUCGGGAGCAAGUGCUGGCGGACCGGGCCCGUGCGCGGCGCCGCAUGGGCCAGCCCCUCAAGCGGACUCCGGCGGGCGAGGCUGUGGAGAACACCUCGGGACUGCCACCGGCGAAGCGCCGCUGUUUGGCCGAGGAUUUCGAGCGCUGGUGCGUCUAUGACUCCUGGAGCAUGUGCGACACUUGCGGCUUCCUGACACCGCGCGACCUGACACAGAGCACGCUGACCAAGCCGCAGAAGCCGACACAUGCCUCCGGCAAGUGUCCCAGGUGCAGCGCCGCACGCGUGCAGCCGAGCGUGACCGUGGCAGAUGUGCCUGAGGUGUUGAGGGAGCUCUCUGCCGAAGCCGCUCGUGCGCUGUCGCCUUUGGAGAUCGACGUCGGCCCCAUCGUCCGUGCCGAGCACAAGUCUGGUUACCGGCAGAAGGUCACCAUGAUCCGCUUCCGCUGGGAGACGGCUGGCAUCAAGAGGCGCAUCAAGCUCUUACAGGAUCCGGACAUGCGGAGAAAGGCCCGCGCCGCCUACGACUUCCUGAUGGCCUCGGACGACACGCCCUACUCCGACUUCGUGGCUGAGCACGACAAGUUUCUGCAAGAGCAUCCUGGAGCAGAUGACCUCGCUCGCCGUCGUCGCCUGCAGUUCAUCGAACGCAUUGGGGUCGAAUGCGCUUUGUGGCCAUGCUUGUUCUGGGACAUCAAGAUGACCUUCACCCACGAGCGUGCCACAGACCCGCGGAGGGUGAUUCGUCAGGAACACGCGGCCACCUUGGAGGACGUGCUGAACGCUGGUCAAAGCGACGAGGACACGGAGGACGGCCAGGACAAUGAGAUGUUCAGCGAGGGGGAGGAGCCCAAAGACGACGGUGCCACGCGGCACAGCAUCAAGAGGCUCUUCGCUGCUCUGGCGCUGGGCAAGCUCUUGGGCGCCCAUGCGCUUGUCGGCUAUCCGAGGAUCUUCUUCACCAUUGCCCCCUACGAGUGGAGCUUCCCCUACCACGAGUGGGUGCGCGACGAAAUGCAGAAGAUGCUCAAGGGUCGGCAGCAAGCGUGGAAGAGCAACAUUUUCCACGUUCUGGAUGAGCAAGGGCAGGCUCGCCGCCUGCACUUCUUCUUGCGCCUCGAGUAUCAGGAUGGGACCCGUAAGGCGGCCACUCAGGACUACCACGGUUCAGGCCGGGUUCAUGUCCACGUCGUCAUCUUCGUGCGGCCAGAGGACGUCGAGCAGCUGCGGCUGGACGAGGUCGCGUCUGCCACGCUGCCAAAUGACCCAGACCUCCGUGGUUACGUGGAAGGCAGCCAAUACGAUCGAGAGAAGAAGAGCGGUUGGCCGGUCCACGAGGAGGCGACUUGCUAUGACCGCGAAGCAGGCGCAUGGCGCUUGCAGCACACGGAGGAGGACCACGGCGAGGGCCUCCGCCCGUAUCUCGUUGAUCUCAUGGAGGUGCUCCGCUGCCACCAGGACUUCCAGAUGUGCGAUGACGAUGGCCUGCUGCGCGCCUAUGUCACCAAGUACGUCAGCAAGUUCUCGGAUGCGGCCAGCGAAGAGUGGCUCAACGACGAUGCCGAGGCCAUGGGCAUCGCCGCCACCGUUCUGACGCGCUACAGGCCGCUCGAGCCCGAGAUGGUGUUGCAGCUCUUCGGCGCCAAGUUCCGGCAGUGGCACCUCUCCACCGUCAGCGGCGGCAAGCGCGAUUUGGUCGCACCUUACCCGGACCAGGAUCCCAAGACACGGGAGGUGGAGCUGUACGAGAAGACGGAGUGGGCUUGCGGCCGCAUCAGCCUCCUUGACUACCUCCGCAAGACGACCGCCGAGGGGAAGAUCUGCCACUGGCUGAAGAAGAAGCACCAGCAGUCCGAAAGCGAGGCCACCCUCGAGGAGUUCGCGGCCAAUUACGUGAUGCAGGGCGAGAAGGUGGUGGCUGCGGAGACGGUCUCCAAGUUGAGCGACCGCUAUUUCGGCCAGUGGCUCAUGCUGAACGUGCCGUUCGAGAAUGCUGCAGAUUUCUGCUUGCCCGACCACGUGGCCAGGCGGCUGCCGGAGGCCCACAAGUACUUCGCCAUGGCGGUCCUCUGCGAGCACCCCGUAGCGCAGGCGAUGUGGCACGAUGAUGAGAAGAUCCGCGCAGAGCUGAAGAUGGAGGCCCACACUAAGGAUCACGUGGACACCAUCCUGGCCAUGAUCCGGGCGCACCGCGGCUUGCUUCAGGACUACCUCGAUGGCUCCCUGGAUGCCGGGCCGAGUUUCAAAGACCUCGUGGACAACGCGGUGGACCGUGCGCUGGCUAUCGAGGAGGCGGACGAAGGCGAGGCGGACCGUCUGCGACAGGAGGCGCAGGGCAGCAGGGCCAACAUCUGCCUCGGGCCACCGGGGACCGGCAAGACCACGGUAAUCUUCUCGUGCAUCGACCGCGCCUUGGCCAAGGGUGGCAAGGUUCUGAUGGCCUUGCCGACGGCGCAGUUGGCCAGCCGCAUGAAGGCACGCUAUGGGGACAGAGUGGACAUCGACACCUGCCACGCGGCCUUUGGUCUGCACGAGGCUGCAGAGCACGGUGAGGCGUCUUUGUUAAGCAUGUACUCCUUGAUCGUCGUGGACGAGCUCUCGCAGCUCGAUAUGGUCAACUUCGACAAGAUCCUGCGGCUCUGGGCGGCUGCCGAGCGCGUGCCGGCCCUAGCCCUGCUAGGCGACCGGUACCAGAUGGCGGGCAUGGGCGAACAGCGACCGUGGCACUCGCGCCUCUGGACGACCAUGUGCUACCGGGUGGCCCUUCACAAGAUGUACCGCUGCAAGGACAAAGUGCAUGCGAAGUUGCUAGCAGUGCUGCGGACCAACAAGCCCAACAACAAGCUCCUCAGGCAAUUGCGUAACAAGCUGGCAUGGCGACCUCCGGGCAAGCCCACAGUCAAGGCACUUAGGAAGCUCUUGAAAUGUAGGCCUGAUACCACCAUCCUCACAUGCACUAGGCGAGGGGCUGCUGUAGUGAAUAAGGUUGCCCUGCAAGCCUUCUUCCCUCACUAUCCACCCGUAGCAACCUUGCCUGCCGACGUGGACUCCAACCCCGAGAAUUAUGCACAGGGCAAGUUGAGGCCGGUUGCAGAGUUGGAGCCAUCGGCGAUGCCCGUGUACAAGGGCAUGCGAGUUUACCUGACGCGCAACGUGCGGAAGGAUGUCGACUUUGUCAACGGCAUGGAGGCAACGGUCCUCAAGUAUGACAACCUCACUGGCGGGCUGCUGGUGCGCACUGCGCCCGGCUACGCCUCCACCAUCCUGAAGUUUCAGGGCGCAGAGCUUCCCCACGUGGUCGUCUACUUGGACGCUCCCAAGGUUCCGGCAGCUGCUUACACCGCCAUCAGCAGGGUCGGCUACUACAAAGACUUCUUGUUGGCGGGCAUCUUGACAGCCGACCAUUUCACGCCGGCCAGAUGA